AAGCAGUUCCAACAGCUCCGGCCCCCACACCCCUCUUCCCGCACGCGCUAAAGCGUAUAUGUGUCCUUGUCCUUGUCCUUUCGCGGAAGAAAACCAACUAAUAUAUCCCUAAUAAUCACUCCACUUAAGAUUCCUUCGUGUAUUUCUGCUUAACAUCUUUACACAUUUUCGCAAUUCACAGGAUUUUGAGAGAGAAUUGAUUAGCAUGGAUUUAGAUGGAGGAGGUGGGGCAGCUGCUGGCACUGAUCAUCAGCCCAUGCCAGUUCUUCAUGGCCGGUCAAAUGCUAUAAAACAGUUCACCCAACAAACUCUCCCAGCUUGUAAACCCGUUCUAACACCAGCAUGGGUCAUUGGAACAUUCUUUUUGAUGGGUGCCGUUUUCAUCCCUGUUGGGUUAAUCUGUCUUCAUGCUUCACAGAGUGUUAAUGAAAUUCUGGACAGAUAUGAUAUCGAAUGUGUACCGGAUGGGUUCAAGAGCAACAGGGUAGCUUAUAUCAAGAAUGCAUCAAUUCCAAAAAGUUGUCACCGGUAUCUGAAGGUGGACAAGCAUAUGAAAGCUCCAAUUUACAUCUACUAUCAGCUGGACAACUUUUAUCAAAACCACAGGCGGUAUGUAAAAAGUAGAAGUGAAGAGCAACUUCUGCAUGGAUUAGGGUACAACAGAACAGGUUCUUGUGAACCUCAAGCAUCUGAAAAUGGUCUCCCAAUAGUCCCUUGUGGAUUGGUUGCAUGGAGUUUGUUUAACGACACAUAUUCCUUUUCACGUGGGACAAAGAAAUUGGACAUCGAAAGAAAAAAUAUCGCAUGGAAGAGUGACCGGGAUCACAAAUUUGGCAAGCACGUUUAUCCCUUCAAUUUUCAGAAUGGCUCCUUCAUAGGGGGUGGAAAGCUAGAUACGACGAUCCCGCUAAGUGAUCAAGAGGAUCUUAUUGUGUGGAUGCGGACUGCUGCUUUUCCAAGUUUCCGUAAAUUAUAUGGCAGAAUUGAAGAGGAUCUAGAAGAAGAUGAUUUAAUCAUAGUACACCUCAUGAACAACUAUAACACUUACAGUUUUGGUGGAACGAAAAUGCUUGUCCUCUCGACAUCAAGUUGGUUGGGAGGAAAGAACAGUUUCCUUGGGGUGGCCUACAUUUUUGUUGGCUCUUCAUCCAUACUCAUCGCCCUCAUAUUUCUGUUGCUUCAUGUGAAAAAUCCAAGACCGUAUGGGGACACAAUGUAUUUAUCUGGUAACAGGAAGGACAUUUCUAGUUAAGAGGUAGUCUGCAUAUUUAAAAAGGGUUUUUCGGUGAUUCUUAAUGUACAAAAAGCACAGAGACAAUAAUGUUUGAAGCGAUGUGGUGUUUAUAUGAGAUCUUGUUUAUGAAUUGUUGUUUAAUAUCUUGAAUUACACACAUCUAGAUUAGUAAU